GCCUGCGGGGAGAGGUCACGGGGAGAGGAAGGGACGAGACACUGCCCGGAGGCUCCAGAGGGGCAGAGUGGGGUCCGCUAACCGGGAAACGUGGCCCCGGGACGUGCCCCAGGGCAUGGAAACCCUCCUGGAAACCCUGCUGCCCGCGGGACACGUGGAGCGGCGUUUGCUCCGGAAGGAGCUCGGCCCCGCCGGGAGCGGGAGCGGGAUUCGUGCCCGUGCGGUUUUUUGGGAGCCCCCGGUGCCCCCCUUCCCCUUCCAGCCUUGCGCCGGCGAGCGGGAUUUCGGGAAGAGCUGGCGCGGGGCUGACGUCGCCGGGGUCACGGCUUUGCCAGCGGUUCUUAUUCCCGGCGUCACCUUCCCGCUGUUGGAUCGAUGAUCGCUGGGAAGUGAAGCCCGGGGAGAUGGGAAAGGACCGGCGUGGCCUCGGGAGCUCUUGUGCUGCCGUGGCAUCGCUCCCGGGCACAUCCCUCGCCGGGCAUCCGUCCCUUCCCGUGGCAGCGGUUUGUCCCCGUGCCCCAUCCCGCAGGGAGAUAAAGUAGGUCAGGCGCUGGCUCCGGGCUCCGGGAGCGGAUCCCGGCGGGAGGACGCCCUUGGAGGUAGCGGGCAGGAGGUUGGGGAAGCUCGGCGGGUGGGGUGCCGAGGGGCCGCGCUCCGGGGUGUUCGCUGCACGCCCCCUUGGAUGCCCCGGGAUGCGGGGAUGGAUGGAUGGAUGGAUGGAUGUGUCUGGCACCCUCCCGCCUUGCCCUGCGCUGCCCGUGGCUUUCGGGGGGUCGGAGCCCCUCGGGAUGUCCCUCUUUGGGCCCCUCCGCAGGGGCGGCUCCUCCACCUCGUUUUUGCCCUAAAACGGAGCGAGCCCGUGCGGCUCCGGCCACUGCCCGGCGCUUCCUGCCUUUCCUUUGGCAGCUGGUGGGAGAGAAGUUGAGGUCCGGGUUUCCACCCUGGGUGUAUCCGGCUCAGCCCGGCUUCGGGAGAAACCCCCGGGAGCGAUUUUGGCACCCGGCGAGGGCUGCGUGCCUUGGCACGGGCCGGGACAAGGGGUGUGCGGCCCGGCGGGAUGGCUCCGGGCGGGAUCAGGGAUAUGGGGAGCGCUCGGCUGGCACGGGCAGGGAAGGGCAUCCUGUGUCCCCCGUCCCGGGACGUGCGGCCACUGGGACAGACCUUUGGCACCGUGGGCUGUGUGCCAGCGCCUGUGGAGGUCACCGGCCACCAGGAUGUCCCGUGUAGCCCAGGAGGACCUACCUGGAUGGGUGGGUUGGGACAGGGAGGAAGAAGCAGAGGAAGGGUCUGGGUUCCCUUAGGAACUCCCCGCUCUGCACCAGCACCCCUCUGGAUGAGCUCCCUUCCCACAUUUUGGGAGGAGAAGGGUUAAGCCAAAACAUCCAAGCUAAGCUGUGGCAGGAGGAGGCUAAAACCUCUCCACAACAAAGCUCACAAGGUGGUGGUAAGCUGGUAAAACCUGUGGGAAUGUGGGAGCCUUCAGAGGGGGAACGGGGUCCUGGAUGGGGAGCAGGGUCCUGGGUGGGGAGCGGGGUCCUCCCGUGCCCCUUUCCCUCGCAAUCCUGGCCCCAGGUUAUUUUUGGAACAAUUGCUUGGCCGGGCUUCAAAAAUGUCCUGGGCUCGUUUUUGGAGGAGACUGGAGCCUGCAAGCUGUCAGCACGGGCUGUGGGGUGUCCCAGGGAGAUCCGGGAGCCCCCAGCAAGGGGAACCAGGAGGCAGCAGGUGCCUGGAGCCCUGCACUGGGAUCAGGGUGGCUGUUGCGUUUACAGAGGCAGAGGACUGUUGUUCUCUCCUUGUCCUUGUGAAUCCCGAGUUUGCCGCCCACCUCUCAGUGUAGUUUUCCCAGGAAGGCAGCCCAGGCCUUUCUCCAGCCUCUCGGGUGCCUCCCACAGUGGACGUGCAGGUCGUGCCUGGCUUCUCUUCCCCCCCACACCUCAAUCUCCCUGAGCCCCUUCCUUUGCACCCCGGGUUUGUGCCACCCCACUUUUAUUGAUCCCCGGCGGGUAUGAAAGGAGCAGAGAGGGCAAGGAUUGACUCUGGGCAAACACUAUAAAGGCACCUGCAGUUGGAGCCGGGGAAGGAGCCGGUUCAUGGUAAUUAUCCGGGUUAAAAUAUAACCCCGUGAAAAUUCCACCUCUGUCCUCUGGGCUCCCUCGUCCUCCAAGUGCCACCGUCCAGGUCCUGGAGGGAUUUGUGUCCCAUUCCUGGUGACACACUGGGGGGGACCCACGCGUGGCUGGGAGCUGGAGCGUGACUCCUCACCCCACGGAGAGCUGGAUUUGAGGCUGGCAGAGGCACAAGCCCUGCCUGCUUCCCACCUCCCGCUGCUCUUCCCAGGGUCCCGAGGCGCUGCGGAGCUGGAGAACCCCCGGGAGCCGUGUCCUAGCAGCCCCCCACGCAUCCCAGAGGCACCAUGAUCCCCGGCAUGGGCCCCCGGAGCUGCUGCCUGCUCCUGCUGCUCUGCCUCCUUCCCUGCCCGCGGGUCUGGGCGAGCAGGGACAGCCCGGGAGUCUCUGCAGCCUCCUUCCUGCAGGAUCUGCUCCAGCGCUAUGGAAAGAGCCAGACCUUGAGCCUGAAGCAGCUCAAGACCCUGUUGAACCGCCUGGAUGUGGGAGUGGGACGUGCCAACGUCUCCCAGUCACCCCAGCAGCGCCUGAACCUCUCCCGGUGCUUCAGCUCCGUGGAGCUUUUUGCCAUCCACAACCUGAGCGAGGACUCUGCCGUGGGGCACAGGGAGUUCAAGGAGUUCUGCCCCACCAUCCUGCAGCAGCUGGAGUCGAGGGCGUGCGCCUCCGAAAACCUGGAAAAUGAGGAAAAUGAGCAGACAGAGGAGGGCAGACCCAGCUCUGCUGAAGUCUGGGGUUACGGUUUCCUCUGCGUGUCCGUCAUCUCCCUGUGCUCGCUGGUGGGAGCCAGCGUGGUGCCCUUCAUGAAGAAGACCUUUUACAAGCGGCUGCUCCUCUACUUCAUAGCUCUGGCGAUUGGAACUCUCUACUCCAACGCCCUCUUCCAGCUCAUUCCCGAGGCGUUUGGAUUCAACCCUCAGGAAGAUAAUUAUGUUUCCAAAUCCGCCGUGGUGUUCGGGGGCUUCUACCUCUUCUUCUUCACGGAGAAGGUCCUGAAGAUGCUCCUGAAGCAGAAGGACCAGCACCACCACGGGCACAGCCACUACGGCCCCGAGGCUCUGCCCUCCAAGAAGGACCAGGAGGAGGGGGUCACGGAGAAGCUGCAGAACGGGGACCUGGACCACAUGAUCCCGCACCUCACCAGCGAGCUGGAGUGCAAGCCCCCCUCUGGGGAUGAGAAGGCUGUGGUGGGCUCCCUCUCUGUCCAGGACCUGCAGGCCUCCCAGAGCGUGUGCUACUGGCUGAAGGAGGUGAGGUAUUCCGACAUCGGGACGCUGGCCUGGAUGAUCACCCUCAGCGACGGCCUCCACAACUUCAUCGACGGGCUGGCCAUCGGCGCCUCCUUCACCGUCUCCGUCUUCCAAGGGAUCAGCACCUCCGUGGCCAUCCUGUGCGAGGAGUUCCCACACGAGCUGGGGGACUUUGUCAUCCUGCUGAAUGCUGGCAUGACCAUCCGUCAGGCUCUCUUCUUCAACUUCAUCUCCGCCUGCUGCUGCUACGUGGGCCUGGCCUUCGGCAUCGUGGCCGGCAGCCACUUCUCCGCCAACUGGAUCUUUGCUCUGGCUGGAGGGAUGUUCCUGUACAUAGCUCUGGCUGACAUGUUCCCCGAGAUGAACGAGGUGAGCCGGGAGGACGAGCAGAACGGCAGCGCCCUCAUCACCUUCGCCAUCCAGAACGCAGGGCUGCUCACCGGCUUCACCAUCAUGGUGCUGCUCACCAUGUACUCUGGCCAGAUCCAGAUUGGGUAGGACCAGCCCGAGCUGCAGCCCUGAUCCAUUUUUUUCCAAUUUUUUUUUUUUCUGGGGGGGGAGGGAAGGGG